AUGUCCCUGUCGCGGUUUUUCACUAGGAAGAAUGUAGUGCGAUACUUUACCGGUGCAGGAGUGGUUUACUGUGUUGCUCACACCAUUGCCGCUCAUGUGGGAGAACUGGUGAUCUGUUCUGGCCCAUCCAUGCAUCCAACUAUCCACGACGGUGACCUGGUACUGGCUGAAAGGCUCAGUGUGAACAGUGGAAACAUACAUCGAGGUGACAUUGUUGGUUGCUUAAGUCCACAUGAAUCGGAUCAACUGCUUUGUAAACGUGUGGUUGCCAAGGAAUCAGAUUUUGUCAAUUCUGAACUGCUACCCAAUAUGAGAGUCCCGCGAGGGCAUGUUUUCUUGCAAGGCGAUAACUAUCUGGCUUCGACGGAUUCGAGGCAUUUUGGACCCGUUCCUGCCGGCUUGCUUCAAAUUCGACUCACACUUCGAAUUUGGCCAGUCUCAAGGUUUGGCUGGCUUUCAAAUCAUUGGUUUUGGGAAGCUGAAGAAAAUGUGAAGCGUGAUCCUAAAGACGGUAGACAUACAACACGGUUUUAUCCUCGAACAUAG